GCUCCGAGAGUCGGAGAUCGAAGCACUUGCAGACCAGCGAUCCCAGCCAUCCCCAUCGCGCGCGGACACUGCACCGAUGGCAUGGAGGGAGCUCGGGAGCCCCAAAGGAGGGAGCGCGCAGAGCCGCGCUGGUCGCAAAGGUUUGGCCCUGGAGGCGCAGAAGCGCGCCGCGCUCCUGGCCGUGUCGCCCAUUUGCGCCCUGAUCCCCGCGGCCGUGCUGACGCUCGUGGCGAUUCUCCAGCCUUGGUGGAGCACCCUGCAAAACGUCACCUACUACCCCACCAACGUCACCCAAAUCACUGUGACGAUCAGUUCCGAGAUCUCGCUGUGGGGCCACCAUGGCUGCCGUUUAAAUGAGACUUGGGCUGACAUUUGUGCCUUGCCUCCUGCGGAUUGUGUAUACCCACCACCACCGCCGCCGGGCUAUGUGCCGCCGUGGACUCCACCGCCCUUGGAAGAAGACACCACGGAGUGGCGACAGCAGGUCGUGACUGGCCCUCCCAACGUUCGCAUCACCACCACCGUGGAUGAUCGGCCCUUUCGCUGCGUCUCGGGCAGUUGCGCCGGGCCUGGGGCCACCACGACGCCGGUGCCGUCCAACUACCAGGCGCCUGCCUACGCGGGGGCGGGCAACGUGGCCUUUGGCGACGGACAAGCGCGACUGGGUGACGAGGUGGUCUCCUCCAACGAAGAUGCCUUUCGCAUCCCACCGACGCCGGCACCACCGCCCACCACCACGCCUCCCCCUACCUUCAAGCCCGAGGUGGGUUAUGUGAACCCCAUCGUCCUGGCGACCAAUCCGCCCACCACCACCUGGGCUCCCAGCGGCAUCUUCGCAGGCCUCUGGAAGCAGACAGGGAGUGGCUCGCAAGAUUCCUUGCCUGGAACGCUGGAAACAAACCAGAACCCCGACGUCGGCUCAGAGCGCUUGAGUGGUUCUCGAUCCUUUCCAGGCACUGGGAUGGCUGUCGAGAAGUGCCCACCCUAUGAGCAGCAAUACUGGGACCCGUUAUCUCCUCCCGCGGGUGCCUUCAUUUGCAGCUUGUAUGCCACGUGUGGCAAGAUGAAUCCCAUUCUGGGCUUCCUCUUCGUGGCUGAAGG